AUGCAUAAAUAUCGUCGUGAGGCUCGACAACUCGCCUGGUACGACCAAGACGGUGAACCGUCGUCUCACAACCCCUUCAAAAAGUUCCGCCGACGCCCUCAACGCAGCAAUUCCGUUCAACUCGAGGAUCAGCUUACCCAUUCUCGAAGCAUGGGCGACGUGAACCUUUCACAAGACAAACGCCGCCGUGCUGAGUUCAACGGUGACAUCGAAGGCCCAGCUUACGCAGGCACGUUCCCCAUCGAAACAACGGAGGGCUACGAGCCCGCCCCAUCCAACCGGAGUGAUGAACCGAUCAACGAUGCCGCCAAGUUGUCACACACACGCGCCCUGGACGGUGAAUCCGAGAUUGAUCAUACGAAGGACGGAAAUGAACCUGUAGAUGCCAUGGGAGGUCAGACACGCCAGCGAAAGGGGCUGUUUGGCAAGUUCCGCCGUCAAAAACAGGACGAAGAGGCAGCUUCUGCCGAACCGGAUGACGAGAAACCAGCCAGCGGGCCCAAGUUCACCUUUGCAAGCCAGAUUCGCGCGACAAUUUUCAAUUCGUGGAUCAACAUUCUGAUUCUUGCGGCCCCAGCGGGUAUCGCGUUGUUCGCUGCGGGUGUGAACCCAAUCGUCGUUUUCGUGGUCAACUUCAUCGCUAUUAUCCCCUUGGCCGCGAUGUUAAGUUAUGCCACGGAAGAGAUCGCCAUGCGUACCGGUGAGACGAUUGGCGGCUUGUUGAACGCCUCCUUUGGUAACGCCGUCGAGUUGAUCGUGGCCAUCAUUGCCUUGCAGAAGCGCAAGGUGCUUAUUGUACAGACUUCUUUGAUCGGAAGUAUGCUGUCGAAUUUGUUGCUGGUCAUGGGCAUGUGCUUCUUCUUCGGCGGCAUCAAUCGCAUCGAGCAGCAUUUCAACGUGGUCGUCGCUCAAACCGCGGCAAGUCUGUUGGCACUGGCUGUGGCCAGUCUGAUCAUCCCCACUGCUUUCCACCAAUGGUCAGAAAGCAACAAGGGUAACACAGCUGCUGUCUCACGCGGCACUGCUGUCCUUCUUCUCGUUACAUAUGGCUGCUAUCUCUUCUUCCAGCUCAAGUCUCACAUCGACAUGUACAACGCACCCUCCAAAAAGGUCGAGAAGCGCAACAAGAAGAGCGGCGACGCCAGUCGUGGCCUCGCGCAGAUUGGCAAGAUGACCGCUCGCAUGGGUGCAGGACCCGCCCAAGAUGUCAAAAUGACCGAUAAUGACGAUGAGCCUGAGGAGCCGCAAUUGUCUCUCUGGGUUGCUAUUCUGACCCUUGGCAUCUCCACUGCACUUGUUGCAGUUUGUGCCGAGUUCAUGGUCGACUCGAUUGAACCGUUGACUGCGACCGGGAACAUCAGUGAAACUUUUGUCGGUUUGAUCCUCUUACCCAUCGUUGGCAAUGCGGCGGAGCACGCGACUGCCGUGACUGUUGCUUGCAAGGACAAGAUGGACUUGGCAAUCGGCGUUGCGGUUGGCUCCAGUAUGCAGAUUGCAUUGUUGGUAUUGCCAUUUAUUGUUGUUCUGGGUUGGAUCAUGGGGAUUGACGACAUGACCCUCAACUUUGACACCUUUGAAAUCAUUCUGCUCUUUGUCUCGGUCCUUUUGGUCAACUAUCUUAUCGGGGAUGGAAAAUCUCACUGGCUUGAGGGUGUCCUCCUAAUGAUGAUGUAUCUUAUCAUCGCUCUCGCUGCUUGGUUCUUCUAA